ACUACAACCAAGAAGGGAAACAAUAUCCGUUGUAGCAUUGCCCGAGAGUCGCUCGCAAGUCAUAUACUUGGGCCCCACGGGCAGCAAGGUAUCUGCCCCACAGUUCGCGAGUUCAGACAUACGUCGCUCACGUCCAGCCGCUUUCCUGAUGGAGGGACAACCGCCUAUCGUCAAUGUCCACACGCCUGUAUCCUCUUUCGCUAUCGUGCAGUCUCACGAUGACACGCUGGAGACCCUGUACGAGAAGCUCACUAGGAAGGCUCACGCCGAGUUCAAUAGCCAGCCGGUCAAGUCGGGUUGGGUAAAGUACUCAUGGAAUGGCAAUAUCUGGAACCUGGAUGACGAUUCUGAUUUCACCAUUUACGUUUGGCGGCAAAAGUCGACCACUCCGAGUAGUGAACAGUGGCCGAUCCUCCAUGUUCGCGACCCUGACGAACCACUCCCCGCUCCCCCUGCCUACCGCAAUGAAUCCUUCUAUAUGUUCACUCCAAAGCCGGCGUCUUCACCACCACUCCGUUCGAGCUCAAGCUCCGUCCAGAGUGGCAGGAAGGCACGAAAUCACUCCAAGGAUUUGAAGCGCCAGGACGAUGUUCCGAAGUAUAAACAGGAGUUCGAGAAGUUUCACAGCGAGAAUGGUGUCCGCACUAUUGUUGGCAGCAUAGGACCCGUGCAGAGUGUCCGCAUGCUACUGAAGAGUGGCUACCGCCACGUGUACAUCUCGCGUAAGUUCGCGAUACAGCAUGGCUUCAUACCGGCAGAUGCUGCCCCUGGCCAUUACGGCUAUGGUGGGCUGGUUAAUAUCGGAAAAUGGCCGGUCACGGUCGGCAAGACAAAGACCACGCACUCCGUCUACCUGUCGGAAGAGUCUCACUUUGACGUUGUCCUGGGUCGCUCCUUUAUGGAACUUCGCCAGGUGAAGCUUGACCCUGUGGACCAAACCGAUGUUGUGUGUCAGGACACCGGCGAGAAGAUUGAUUGCGAGCUGGUCAUUCUGAAGGACGGCAAGGGGCAGCUCGUUACCGUCACAUAGUGCCCACUUCUUACGCUACCCACCAAGGACAGAUCGUUCUGAUUUCAACUUACACAGUUAUGGGGUGUUCUAACGGACUAUACCCCGAGGUUGCGUAUCUAUUGGACUGUUGUAAUCCUAGUCGCUGUUGUGCACGCUUACUUUCGUUGUAUGAUAUCAGAAUGAUGUAUUGAGUGCU